AUGGAAUUAGCUAGUAAUACCGAUCCUGAAUGUGUGAGAAACAUCAAUGAAAAUCAAAUGACUAAUAUGACCAUUGAAUCAAGUAGUGGCUCUAAACCUCCGUUGCCACCUAAGGACUCUAAGGACAAAGCUGAUGAUUAUUCUGAGCCUAGAGCUGUGUGCAACUAUUGUGGCAAAGAUUAUGCAAAUGAUACUAGAAGAAAUGGGACAAGUACUCUUUGGAACCAUAUAAACAAUCAGUGUAAGAAGAAUCCUUACAAAUUAGAAGAUAAGAAGCAAAAGAUUUUACAUUUUCUAAAGAAGAGUGACAGUGAGGAUGGAAGUGGACCAGGUAGUACUGUUGUAGCUACAGGAUUUAGUCAGGCAGCUUGUAGGAUGACGUGUGCCAAAAUGAUUGUCAUUGAUGAAUUGCCAUUUUCGUUUGUGGAGCAGGAAGGGUUUAGAUCAUUUUGUAGUACUGCAUGCCCUAAGUUUGAUCCUCCUUCACGCAUUACAAUUGCUAGGGAUAUAAUUAGUCUCUACAAUGAAGAGAAGAAAAAAUUGAAGUCAUUUUUUGUUAAGAAUUCACAAAGAGUCUCUCUUACCACUGAUACAUGGACUUCCAUUCAAAAUGUUAAUUAUAUGGUGCUUACAGCUCAUUUUAUAGAUUCUGAAUGGAAAAUGCAAAAAAGAAUAUUGAAUUUUUGUCAAAUUUCAUAUCAUAAGGGAGAGACAAUUGGCAAAACAAUUGAGGCAUGUUUGAAAGAAUGGGGGAUUGAGAAGGUUUUUACAAUCACAGUUGACAAUGCUGCUUCUAACAAUGGGGCUUUUGGGCACAUGAGAAAAAAGAUUACAGAUUUGGAAGAGUGCUAUGAAGUUCAAACCAUUAUGGAUUUUAUCAAGAGCAUUCUAGGGAAGUUAGUGAAUUUUUAUGCAUCAAUUGAAUCUGAUGAACAAGGUGGGACAACUUCUAGACCAAGGUUUCUAGUUGUGGAUCCUGAUGAGGAUGAUACUGUUAACAUGUUUAAAUCCGGUUUUGAGAAAGAAGGUUUUCAAGAUAAUGCUACUGAAAUGAAAAUGAGCUUGAAAGGCUGCAAUAGAUUCGGCUGCACCUAUUGA